AUGGCCGCCGUCCAGUCACCAUCGCCCUACCAGUAUCAUCUCUCAGACGAAACUCUAUUCGCCGUUACCAAGGUGAUGGAGGUGACGUGCGACGAGGAGACGUGCGCGCGGUGGUGCAUGGAGGUAGAGCUUAUAGACAAGAUCAAGCUGUGCCCCCAGUGCAACGACCCGAUGAAACCCUCAUUCAAGAGGCUACGCUGGCACUGCUACCGCCGCAUCAACCACGAAGAAGGCAAAGAGGUUACUCGGAGCAUGCUGUCCAGCUCCUUCUUCAGUGAAGCCAAGGUGGGACUUCACCGAGCUGUGCGUCUACUGCUAGCAUGGUGCAUGCAGCUUCCCCAUGACCAGGCAGGUGAGCUGGCCGAUGUCUGCGCGAGAACUGUGCACACUUGGUACGCGUUCUGUCGAUCCACCUGUUCGAAAGAGCUUCUCAAGGCAGAAUUCAAGAUUGGAGGCGACGGACAUAUCGUUGAGAUUGAUGAGACCAGUCUGGCCAAGUAG